CAGAUUUGAGUUCACGAUAGCAAGAAAAUAAACAAAAUAUCAGUCCGGCGAUGAUAGUUCAGUCAUAAAUUUAACAUUAAUCCAUAUCGUUCCGGUUCGUCUUGCGAUGUUUAUUUUAAGAAUAAUAUACACGUACGUUUUUGUGAUUUGUGUUAAGUGCUGCGUGCAGGAGACCUUCGACGGCACCCAUCUGAUAGGACUCAGAGAUGUCAUUCUCAAAGACGAAAUUCUAGAUUACAAUUACUUCAAAAAGGUGCCCAGAAGUAAAGUGAUUCCCAUUAUGAAAAUAACGGGCUGCAUUACGGCAACGGAAGAAUUCCAAGACGCAAUCGCAAUUGAAAUUCGAAAUGAAACUGUGCCAACUCUAUACGAGGGUGCGGUCCAAAAUCUACUGUCCCUGCAUUCGUUGCACAUAAUUUCGAGCAAAGUGAACCGAAUAAAACCGAGGGCGUUCUACAACUUACCGACACUCACCAUUUUAAAAUUAGAAGACAACGGCAUAGAGCUAAUUCAAGCACAAGUAUUUAACAAUUUAAUGAUAAAGAGACUAGUACUGACAUUUAAUCGGAUAUCCCACAUAGAAUCAAACGCGUUUGACGACAUGCCGCGUUUGGAAAGUGUCCGACUGGAUCAUAAUCGACUCAUUACUUUAAUGGGGGAGUGGUUCCAAAAUUGUCCGAAAGUGACUUUGCUCUCGUUCAAGUUUAACCAAAUCGCGAGCGUACCAGAAAACGCGUUUCGAAACGUUCGCGGAACACUCGAGCGAGUCUACCUGUCCAAUAACAACGUAAGGGAGAUACACCACGCGGCCUUUCGAGGCCUAACGAAAUUGACCGACUUAAGCCUGUUGCAUAACAACAUCACCUCGAUAGACAAUAGCACCUUUUUAUAUUUGAAUAAUUUAAAAAUGAUCGACAUCAGUGAAACUGAUAUAACCUGUUUGCACGAUUCACUUUUGUACACGUUGAGGUCGGACGUGCUGUUGUGGAUCGACAACAUUCCCCUGAGUGACGUUUGUAAGGAGUUACUGGAGCAGUGGGCUAUCGAUAAUAGAAACUAUUUAACGUUUUAUCACAGUUUGAGAAGUGCGAAGAAAGGACGAUGACAAUGAUUGAUGCGUAUAAUGUACAAGUUUUUAAAUAAAAUGUGUAUUACUAUUUA